AACCAACCCCAAUAAUACCAUCUCUCUAAUAGUAUUUCUUCUUCAACUCUCUCCGCUUCCUUUCACAAACUCAAUUUGAAGCAAUGGCAGCUAUUAAUUCUAGUGUUUUGGCAUGUAACUAUGCAAUCUCAGGCACAACAUCAUUAGAUGCCAACUGGAAGCUUCCCUCAGUUACAUCUUCAUCUGUUUCAGGUCCUAAAUUGCCAGUGAUCAAGGCUCAACAGGCUAAGGUAGUUUCUGACAACAAGGAGGCAAUAGGAGCUAGUGAGGGAAGAAGAGCUGCACUUGUUUGCCUUGCAGCUGCUCUUUUUGCUGGCGCCACCUCAAGCGCCUCGGCCAAUGCUGGAGUCAUCGAAGAGUACCUUGAGAAGAGCAAAGCUAACAAGGCACUGAACGACAAGAAGAGGUUGGCCACAAGUGGAGCAAACUUUGCUCGUGCAUACACAGUUGAGUUCGGAACAUGUAAAUUCCCUGAGAACUUCACCGGCUGUCAAGAUCUUGCCAAGCAAAAGAAAGUACCAUUCAUUUCGGAUGAUUUAGCUCUAGAAUGUGAAGGGAAGGAUAAGUACAAGUGUGGUUCCAAUGUUUUCUGGAAGUGGUGAACAAACAAUCUCUCUGUUAUCUCCACAACUUGUUUACUAUUACUUUCACUAAAUUUUCCAUUGAAGCACCUUAAAAUCAAAUUGUUCUAUAGCCUUCAGUACUUUUCUAAUGUUCCAUUGCAGUCUUCGUUUUUUUUUGCUGUACAUCACAAGAAUUUAAUGGAGUACUGCAGACAAGGGACUC